AUGGCGCCAAAGGCCACAUCUCACUUACACUCCCUUCAUAAGAGGGCCAUAGCGAUUUUGGACAUGGCUCCCAAUUCUGUGGACGACUGUUACCAGACCUGUACAGAGAAGAUGUUCAGAGAUGUCCGGAAGAAGUACCUAAAGAAUGAUUUCAACGCUAAUCCAGAAUUCCAAACACUUUGGCAACAAACUAAACAAACCUUGGAAAAAAACACAGACUUUUUGAAGGAGGAACAUUUGAUUGCAUUAAAAAUGUAUACAGGAAGCAGUAUUUAUGCACAAUUUAAUGCAGCUACCCGUAAUGGAGCGAGUAAAUACAAAGGGAACUUUCCAUACAAGUCACUGUAUUUCCUUUUGUCCGAUGCCGUCCGUCGAAUCAAAGAGAAUGAUAUCUUAAUAAAUCGAGCCAAUCGCUGUCUGACAACAUACCGUGGAAUCUCACUUCCAUUUAAAGAUGCGUCUGUUGGUUCAGAAGUCAGAUUCGGAUCUUUCACUUCCAGCUCUAAGAAUGAAAUGACGGCACAAGCUUUUGGAAAAACAACAUGUUUUAAAAUUGAGACCUGUUUGGGUGCUGAGAUAAGAUCCUACUCUGUAUAUCCUGGAGAGGACGAGGUUCUUAUCCCACCCUAUGAAAAGUUUAAAGUUAUUGACAAAAGUAAAAAUAAAGGCUGUGAUGUUGUCUACAGACUCAAAAGUACAGGAAUGCAGUGUAAUUUGCUGUGCUCUUUGUUCAAGUAAAAUUUAGCUUGGAACUUCCAAACAAAUCAUUUGGAAAAUAGUAACAGGUGAAUCAGACAUACAUGCUAAGCCUCAGCUAUA